CGAGCCUUCGUUUGACUGUUGCUUGCUGACGGGUGGGACCGCAAGGAGACACGUAUUGGGCAGCUUGUCUAAAUCUGAAACAUAUGUAGACAGGCCGCACUGCACCGCGCCACCCCGCCUCCUCCGCCGGCGUCGUGCCGCGUCCACUGCAGUUGUUUCCUCCACCCUAUGCCCCUAUUCCGUUCGUCGGCGACGCCGCGUCUCUCAUGAUAGGAUUACAUAGCGAUGUUGAGUGAGGACGCCCGGAAUGCAGUCGACCGUGGAGAGGAUUGGGUCGAAUCCGCGGCAGAUAAUUCAUGGAUUAAACCUGGGUAAGCAUUGUUUCCACUCGACUUGACGUUCUAAGUCGUAUUGUAGGCCGUAUUUGACUUCUGUUUGCUUGAAUCGUUCGAAUUUGUGCUCGAUUUUACCCGCCUAACUGAAGCCUUUAUUUCCUUCAACAAAAUAGGAUUGAUCCCGCGUUGGCUUUCCGGCUAGCGAUUAGAAUGGAAACUAGUGUGCUGUGUGGUACUAAACCGCAUUUGAUUUCAUCAUUUUUCUAUCCCAAAGUGGUAGAAACCAGCAUAUCUUUCAAAGAUUUGCAAGCUGAGCUAAGAAACACCUAUCCCUGGAGUGAUGCCGAUGCUGUUGAACUGAAUUACUUCAGCAGUGACGAGCAAAGAUUUCUCCCACUAACUUGCGACGAUCAUAUGCCGUUGCUUUUUGCUGGGAUUGUUGGCUGCCGAUUCGGUAAACUCCAAAUCAAUGUGCUUCAGCCACGCGUAGAACGGGUGAAGGGGAAGGGAGUUCAGACAUCAUCUGUCUAUGCUAAUAGCCAGCACCCCGGCACUCCUUGUAGGUCGACACCAAGUAAAGCAAGUGGUUCAUGGAGCCACAACAUGCCUGCUGCCAAUUGUGGUUCCGAUUCAGCUGCUGCUUCUCGUGUACCUUCUGCAGUUGGUGUAGAAGAGGAUGCAGAACCUGACGAGGCAGUGCCUACAAAUGAUGAUGAAGACGAGAUGAUGUUCCCUGAACUGGUCGAUGUAGCCAGUCAGCAAGCAGUGGAUGAAGAAUGUAUGGAGGAGCCCAUCAGCCAAGCUAGGUUUGAUGACACUGACGAUGAAGAGAAGGUGGAGAACAUGGACAGCUUAAUCGAGGAUGAAUACGAUGGUGACGACAUGCCAACAAUUGAGUGGAACAGGGAAAAACCUGAGCUUAGUGUAGGUACCAUUUUCCAAUCAAUGGUGGACUGUCGGAAUGUAGUGACAACAUGGUGCAUUAUAUCUGAAAACACCUAUAAGAUUAAAAGGAGUGAGCCAGCAAGGUUCACAGUUUUUUGUCCAUAUCCUAGGUGUAGGUGGAAGUUGCAUGCAUCUCGUAUGAGAAAGAGCAAAUAUAUUCAGGUAAUCCAAGUUCAGCUAGUAAUUUAGUUUCAGAUUGUUGAGUAAGGUUUCUUAACUGUUUUUUACCCUUUUAUUUUGUUUCAGAUAAAGAAAAACCCACACAAGCACACCUGUCCACCUGGAGGGGGGGGGAAGGCCAAAACCAAGCUAGCAAAAACUAGGUGGGUGGCAGAUGCUAUAUUGGAUUGGCUGAGAGAAGAACCUGGACUUGGUCCAACAGCACUCCAUGGGAAGCUUUUUGAGAAGUACAAGAUAGAAGUUCCUUACAUGAGAAUUUUCAAUGCUAUGGAAAAGGCUCUUGACAGAAUUAAUGGUCAAUGGAAUGACAGUUUUCAGCUGCUUUACACUUUCAAAGCUGAAGUGGAGAUGGCAAGUCCACGGAGUGUUGUAGAGAUUGACAAGCAUACAGUUCAAUUCAAAAUAAAAGGGAAGUCAUUUUAGAAGGAGUGCUUCAGAAGGGCUUUUGUUUGUUUCAAGGCUUGAUGGCAGGGGUUUCUAGAUGGUUGGAGGCCCUAUUUGGCUGUAGAUGCUACACAUUUGACUGGAAGAUGGAGAUGACAGCUAGUAGCAACUUCUGCAGUUGAUGGACACAACUGGCUAUUCCUAGUUGCAUUUGGUGUGGUGGAGGCAGAGUCUGAGGAAAGUUGGGUCUGGUUUCUGGAGCAGUUGCGCAACAUUAUAGGCACACCCCCAGGUUUAGCUAUACACACAGAUGCUUGCAAGGGUUUAGAGAGUGCAGUGGAAAUUGUAUUCCCUGGAGUGGAGCUUAGGGAAUGUAUGCGACACCUAGCGCAUAAUUUCAAAAAGAAGUUCAAAGGUAAAGCUUAUGAUGAGAACUUAUGGCCAGCAUCAUACACAUGCAGCAAAAGGAAGCAUGAACACCAUUUGAGAGUGUUGUAUGCUCAAAAUCCUCUUGUGAAGGAGUACAUGGAUGCACAUCAUGGUAAGGUGUGGUCAAGAAGCAAAUUCAACGAAAUCUGCAAAGUAGAUUAUGUGACCAGUAACCUUGCAGAAUGCUUCAAUUCAAAGUUCAAGUCAGUGAAAGGGCUCUUGUUGUGGCAAGCAUUUGACAAGAUGAGGCAAAUGAUCAUGAUAAAGGUGGCUCUUCGCAAAAGAAUUGCACAAACACAAUAUGUUGGUCAUCAAAUGCUCCCAUCACUGAUUAAGGCAUUGCACUUGAAGGCAAGAGGUCUGAAGAUGAAAUGUAUUCGAUCUGGUACAUAUGAGGGAGAGGUUACCUAUACUGACACUAAAAAUAGGGUAUGGAGGUAUCGUGUGAACCUAAGUACUAGAGAAUGUACUUGUAGGCAAUGGCAGAUCCGUGGGAAGCCAUGCAUACAUGCCCUACAUCUAAUGACCGUUAUCGGGGGUGCAGAUGGUGAAGUUGAUCAAUAUUGCUCUGAGUAUUUCUCUGUUGCCAAAUUUAUGGUUGCUUAUGCUGACAAUGUGCCUGCACUAUUGGGGAAAGAUCAAUGGAACACAGUAGAUCCAGGGUUCAAACUCCACGCUCGUGUCAUUACUAGACCACCAGGAAGACCAAGGAACCAGAGGAUUAGAGAUGGUGAGGAGGGUCGUCUACCAAAGAAGUGUGCUUGCAAAAAAUGUGGAGUUCUGGGGCAUAUUGCUAGGCUUUGUACCAAUGCAGUGGAUGCAUCAUUUGGAGAGGAGGAAAGAUGGACAGCAGCCAAUGCUGAGGAGAAUGCAACAGCAAUGGAGAUUGAAGAUGCAGUGGAGAAUACAGCAACAAUGGAGAUUGAAGAUGCAGUGGAGAAUGCAACAACAAAUGAAGCAGAAGAUUUUGAAACCAUGGCCUUUGAUGGUUUUGAAGCUAUAAGAGAGGAAGAGGAGGGGAUAAUUGUUCCAAUUGUGCCUUUAAAGAUUACUGAACCCAUAGAUGACCGUCAAAUGGUCGUCAAGUGCUCGGCGAGUGGAACUACUCCAUCAGCACCUCCACGGGGAAAACACCAAGUAAAGCCCAAGAUCAAAAGGAACAAGAGUCUGAAAGAAAAGAGCAUCUCAACUAGGGAAACCAGGAGCAAGACGGUGAAGCCAGCUGCAAACACAAGGAGCAAGUCAAAAAUUUGAAUUAAGUUGUUGGGAAAUGUUUGUGUUGUCAAUUUGAGGGUGAGUCGAUCGCUUAAAACUUGGUAGAUUUGUAUUAAGAUGUUGGCAUCUUAAAACUUGGUAGCUUUGAGCUACUGUAAUAAUGUUGGCAUCAGUUGUAAUAAUGUUGGCAUCAGUUGUAAUAAUGUUGCUUCUACUUCGGUUCCUUAUUUGAGUCAAAAUUCAAAUUUCCAUCAAAAUUUGAAUUUAAAUAAAUAUUUGAAUUUGGGCCAAAAUUUGGAUUCGAGCCAAAGUUGAGGUUGAACAUUGGAGGUUCAUUGCUCUGUGCGGUGUAUUUGAUCGAGCAUUUGAAGUCCAAUAUUCCUAGGUGAACAGUCCGAAUGAGAAAUGUGCUAGAAACGAGCUCGAAAGCUAGGGUAAAUAGCCCUAUUUGAAAUCAAGUUUUUUUUGACCUUCCCUAAAUGAGACAUAUAUAUUUUUAUUAACACUUGUUCCAUAUAUAUAGGGUAAAAACGAAGUCUCACUAUUUAUUGAUUAAUAUUCAUAUUACUACAUUUUUUUGAAAAAAUAUGCUUUUAAUUCAAAACCGUCAAAUAACACGUGUUAGAUAUGAAAAUGAAAAAUUAAGUUCACAUCCUUCUUAUUCACUCCAAAAUGAAGCUAUGGAGAUUUUUCUGAAUUUUUUUGAAUUUUUUUUAAAACCCUAAACCCUCUCUCCCUAUUCUACGAACUGUGAAAAUGUUCAUAGAUGAUAGCUCAUUUCUGUGAAAGCUUUUUUCAUGAAAAAUGACCUACACCAAGUUUAUAUUUUUUUCUCAUAACCUUGUCACAUAUGACGGCUAUGUGCGCAAGAAUUACAACAUUUUGAUUUUUUUUUAUUUUUUAAAAACAUUUAAACUUGAUUUCGACAUAUCACUUCAAAAAAUGAUUUCUCGAAAAAACGCCCCUAUACCGAGUUUAUAUUUUUUUUAUGGUAACUAGGUCUCAUAAACAGACGAACUACGUUUGUUUUAUAUUUUUGCGAUUUUUUCUAAUUUAGUUAUGGCCAUUUGAAAUCUGGUCAAACCCUAAUAACCCCGUUGACUCGCUCAUAACCCCGCAGAAAUGCUCCAAACCCUAGCGUUGAAUGUCC